AAAACUAGAGAGAGCAAGAGAGAGAUAAAGUCUAAGUCUCUUCUAUCAGUGCAGGAAAGAAAGUUGCUUUGUUUUUGUGGGUCUGAGAAUUUAGAGAACAAAGUCUGUGUCUUGUGAAGUGAAUUGGGUUGGGGAUUAGGGGAUGGCAACAUUUGCAGGGACAACCCAGAAGUGUAAGGCAUGUGAGAAGACUGUGUACUUGGUUGAUCAGCUUACUGCUGACAACAAAGUCUACCACAAGGCUUGCUUCAGAUGCCACCACUGCAAAGGAACCCUCAAGCUGAGUAAUUAUUCCUCCUUCGAAGGUGUAUUGUAUUGCAAGCCUCACUUUGAUCAGCUAUUUAAGAUGACGGGCAGCUUGGAUAAAAGUUUUGAAGGUAAUCCGAAAACUGUGAGAGACAGGUCUGCUGAUCAGGCCAAUAGCAAAGUUUCCAGUAUGUUUGCUGGAACUCAAGACAAGUGCGUUGCUUGCAAGAAAACAGUUUACCCAAUUGAAAAGGUGGGAGUCGAUGGAACAUCAUACCAUAAGGCUUGUUUCAGGUGCACACAUGGUGGUUGUGUGAUCAGUCCAUCAAACUAUGUAGCUCACGAGCACCGUCUAUACUGUAAGCAUCACCAUAACCAGCUAUUCAAGCAGAAGGGAAACUUCAGCCAACUUGACAAGCAUGAAGAGGCUAAAGAGGUGACUGAGAACACAGUGGCGGAGUAAUUCUCUUAAAAUUUUCAUGCUAAGCAAGAGAGGCCAAUCAAACUGUUGUAGCAUAUAGGAAGAGCUAUUGCAGUUCCCUUCAUUUAUAUGUGAUAUGUUUCAGGUACAGAAAGAGAAUUUGGUUUUGCCAUUACUGAUACGUUUUGAGUGUGAGUUUGAAUGGGGUUAAAUAAACGCCAGUUUUCCAAUAAGAGCUAGUACCUACUAUUGUUCAUCGUUAACUGAAAGUUGAG